AAGGGGAGAGCGGGCCGCGUCCCCCGGACCGAAGGCGGCCACGCUUCUGGGACCCCGGGGCGCUCCAGGUACUGGUGACCCCGGCCAGGGAAGGCCCCGGGAGCUCGACAACAUGGCUUCCCCGCCCCACCAGCAGCUGCUGCAUCACCACAGCACCGAGGUGAGUUGUGACUCCAGCGGAGACAGCAACAGCGUGCGGGUCAAGAUCAACCCCAAGCAGCUGUCCUCCAACAGCCACCCCAAACACUGCAAGUACAGCAUCUCCUCCAGCUGUAGCAGCUCCGGGGACUCCGCAGGGCUCCCCCGGAGAGUGGGCGGUGGAGGCCGCCUGCGCAGGCAGAAGAAGCUGCCCCAGCUGUUCGAGAGGGCCUCCAGCCGGUGGUGGGACCCUAAGUUCGACUCGGUGAACCUGGAGGAGGCCUGCCUGGAGCGCUGCUUUCCGCAGACCCAGCGCCGGUUCCGGUAUGCACUCUUCUACAUCGGCUUCGCCUGCCUUCUCUGGAGCAUCUAUUUUACUGUUCACAUGAGAUCCAAAAUGAUUGUCAUGGUAGCCCCUGCUCUGUGCUUCCUCGUGGUAUGUGUGGGCUUUUUUCUGUUUACCUUCACCAAGCUGUACGCCCGGCAUUAUGCGUGGACCUCGCUGGUUCUCACCCUGCUGGUGUUCGCCUUGACCCUGGCUGCACAGUUUCAGGUUUUGACGCCUCUCUCAGGACGUAUUGACAGCUCCAAUCAUACUGCUGCAGCCAAGCCCACAGACACUUGCUUAUCUCAAGUGGGGAGCUUUUCCAUGUGCAUUGAAGUGCUCUUUUUGCUCUACACCGUCAUGCACUUACCUUUGUACUUGAGCUUGUGUUUGGGGGUGGCCUAUUCUGUUCUUUUUGAGGCCUUGGGCUAUCAUUUCCGAGGCGGAGCCUGCUUUCCCUCUCCCGGAGCGGGAGCCCUGCACUGGGAGCUACCGAGCAGGGCCCUGCUCCAUGGCUGUAUUCACGCCAUCGGGAUCCACCUAUUCAUCAUGUCUCAGGUGAGGUCCAGGAGCACCUUCCUCAAAGUGGGACAAUCGAUUAUGCAUGGAAAAGAUCUGGAAGUCGAAAAAGCUCUCAAGGAGAGGAUGAUUCAUUCUGUGAUGCCGAGAAUUAUAGCUGAUGACUUAAUGAAACAGGGGGAUGAGGAAAGUGAGAAUUCUGUUAAGAGGCAUGCCACCUCGAGUCCCAAGAACAGGAAGAAAAAGUCUUCCAUACAGAAAGCUCCUAUAGCAUUCCGCCCUUUUAAGAUGCAGCAGAUCGAAGAAGUCAGUAUUUUAUUUGCAGAUAUUGUGGGCUUCACCAAAAUGAGUGCCAAUAAGUCAGCCCACGCCCUGGUGGGUCUCCUGAACGAUCUGUUUGGUCGCUUCGACCGCUUGUGUGAGGAGACCAGAUGUGAGAAAAUCAGCACUCUGGGAGACUGCUACUAUUGUGUGGCAGGGUGUCCUGAGCCCCGGGCAGACCAUGCCUACUGCUGCAUUGAGAUGGGCUUAGGCAUGAUCAAGGCCAUCGAGCAGUUCUGUCAGGAGAAGAAGGAAAUGGUGAACAUGCGUGUUGGGGUUCACACAGGGACUGUCUUGUGUGGCAUCCUGGGCAUGAGGAGGUUUAAAUUUGAUGUGUGGUCUAAUGAUGUGAACCUGGCCAAUCUCAUGGAGCAGCUGGGAGUAGCUGGCAAAGUUCACAUUUCCGAGGCCACUGCAAAAUACUUAGAUGACCGGUACGAAAUGGAAGAUGGGAAAGUUAUUGAACGGCUCGGCCAGAGUGUGGUUGCUGACCAGUUGAAAGGUUUGAAGACAUACCUGAUAUCGGGUCAGAGAGCCAAGGAGUCUCACUGCAGCUGUGCAGAGGCCUUGCUUUCUGGUUUUGAGGUCAUUGACGGCUCACAGGUGUCCUCAGGCCCUAGGGGACAGGGGACAGCAUCAUCAGGGAGUGUCAGUGACUUGGCGCAGACUGUCAAAACCUUUGAUAACCUUAAGACCUGCCCUUCAUGUGGAAUCACAUUUGCUCCCAAAUCUGAAGCUGGUGCAGAAGGAGGAGCUGUUCAAAAUGGCUGUCAAGACGAGCAUAAAAACAGCACCAAGGCUUCUGGAGGACCUAAUUCCAAAACUCAAAAUGGACUUCUGAGCCCUCCCCAAGAGGAGAAGCUCACCAACAGUCAGACCUCUCUGUGUGAGAUCUUACAGGAAAAGGGAAAGUGGGCCGGGGUAAGCUUGGACCAAUCAGCUCUCCUUCCACUGAGAUUCAAGAACAUCAGGGAGAAAACAGAUGCCCAUUUUGUGGACGUUAUCAAAGAAGACAGCCUGAUGAAAGAUUAUUUUUUUAAGCCACCCAUUAAUCAAUUCAGCCUGAGCUUCCUGGAUCAGGAGCUAGAACGAUCCUAUAGGACCAGCUAUCAAGAAGAGGUUAUAAAGAAUUCUCCCGUGAAGACUUUUGCCAGUGCCACCUUCAGCUCCCUCUUGGAUGUGUUUUUGUCAGCAACGGUGUUUCUGAUUCUUUCCAUCACCUGCUUUCUGAAGUAUGGGGCUGCCACUGUGCCUCCCCCACCUGCUGCCCUGGCCAUCUUUGGCACAGCCCUACUGCUGGAGGUGCUGUCCCUUGUGGUGUCCAUCAGGAUGGUGUUCUUCCUGGAGGACGUCAUGGCUUGCACCAAGCGCCUGCUGGAGUGGAUCGCUGGCUGGCUGCCACGCCACUGCGUCGGGGCCAUCCUUGUGUCGCUGCCUGCACUCGCUGUCUACUCACACGUCACCUCCGAAUUUGCGACAAACAUACACUUCUCGGUGUUCUCAGGCUCGGCUGCGCUGAUUGCCGUCGUGCACUACUGCAACUUCUGUCAGCUCAGCUCCUGGAUGAGGUCCUCCCUUGCCACCGUGGUGGGGGCUGGGCCACUGCUUCUGCUCUACGUCUCCUUGUGCCCAGACAGUUCCGUAGUAAUUUCACCCCUUGAUGUAGCACAGAACUUCAGUUCCGAGAGGAACCUGUGCAAUGGCUCGUUGCCAUGUGAGAUCAGGAGGCCAGCCAGCCUCAUUGGCCAGGAGGCGAUUCUGGUCUUAUUUCUCCUACUCUUGUUGGUCUGGUUCCUGAAUCGAGAAUUUGAAGUCAGCUACCGCCUUCACUACCAUGGGGAUGUGGAAGCGGAUCUUCACCGCACCAAGAUCCAGAGCAUGAGGGAUCAGGCUGACUGGCUGCUGCGAAACAUCAUCCCCUACCACGUGGCUGAGCAGCUGAAGGUGUCACAGACCUACUCCAAGAACCACGACAGUGGAGGAGUGAUCUUUGCCAGCAUCGUCAACUUCAGUGAGUUCUAUGAGGAGAACUAUGAAGGAGGCAAGGAGUGCUACCGGGUCCUCAACGAGCUCAUCGGGGACUUUGAUGAGCUUCUGAGCAAGCCAGACUACAGUAGCAUCGAGAAGAUCAAGACGAUCGGAGCCACGUACAUGGCGGCAUCAGGGCUGAACACCUCCCAGGCCCAGGACAGCAGCCACCCGCAGGAGCACCUGCAGAUCCUAUUUGAGUUUGCAAAGGAAAUGAUGCGUGUGGUGGAUGACUUCAACAACAACAUGCUGUGGUUCAACUUCAAGCUCAGAGUCGGCUUCAACCAUGGGCCCCUCACGGCCGGAGUCAUUGGCACCACCAAGCUGCUCUAUGACAUUUGGGGGGACACUGUCAACAUCGCCAGCAGGAUGGACACCACUGGUGUUGAGUGCCGCAUCCAGGUGAGUGAGGAGAGCUACCGUGUCUUGAGCAAAAUGGGCUACGACUUUGACUACAGAGGGACCGUGAAUGUCAAGGGGAAGGGCCAGAUGAAGACCUACCUUUAUCCAAAGUGCACGGACAACGGGGUUGUCCCACAGCACCAGCUGUCCAUCUCCCCAGAUAUCCGCGUCCAGGUGGAUGGCAGCAUCGGACGGUCUCCCACGGAUGAGAUUGCCAACCUGGUGCCUUCUGUCCAGUAUUCAGACAAGAUGUCUCUGGGCUCUGAUAACAGCAUGCAAGCCAAGGACGCACACCUGUCUCCUAAGAGACCCUGGAAAGAACCCAUCAAAGCUGAAGAAAAAGGUCGAUUUGGCAAAGCCAUAGAGAAAAAUGACUGUGAAGAAAUGGGAAUGGAAGAAGCCAAUGAACUAACCAAGCUCAAUGUUUCAAAGAGUGUGUGAGGCAGCCCCUAGAGCUGCCCGAGGUGCUCUGUUCGUCGAAAUACAAUAAUAUUUGUAGCUGGCUGUUGUGCUUUCUAAGCUCCACAGUCUCCGUCCCUGGA